AUGCGCCGCGGGGCGCCCCAGGACCAGGAGCUGGGGGGUCCCGGGGCGCCGGGGCGCGGGUCCCGGGGUGCCCCUCCUCCCUCGGGACCUGUCGUCCCGGUCCUCGUCUUUCCCCCCGAUUUAGUGUUCAGGGCUGACCAACGGAGCGGACCCCGGCAGCUGCUGACCCUCUAUAACCCCACGGGAACGGCGCUUUGCUUCCGAGUCCUGUGCACAGCACCUGCCAAGUACACCGUGUUUGACGCAGAAGGAUAUGUGAAGCCGCAGUCCUGCAUUGACAUUGUGAUCCGCCACGUCGCCCCCAUUGCCAGCCACUAUGACGUCCAGGACCGCUUCCGCAUUGAGCUGUUUGAGGAGGGAGCUGAGGGCCGAGUGUUGGGGCGCAAGGACAUCACCUCGGUUUUGAGGGCCCCAGCCAACCCCCUUGAACUUCAGGGACAGCCUGACUCAACGCCACACCCAGGACCUCCUUCCUGGACAGCACCACCCACAACUAGACACCUCCCUGAAAAAUCCCACUCACAACUGGCCACCAGCUCCUUCCUCCUGUUCUUGCUGACUGGCAUAGUCUCGGUGGCCUUCCUGCUGCUCCCACUCCAGGAUGAACUUGGCAGCCAGCUGCCCCAAGUCCUGCAUGUCUCCCUGGGACAGAAGUUGGUGGCGGCCUACAUCUUGGGCCUCCUUACCAUGGUCUUUCUCCGGACCUGA